UUCCGCGCGCGGCGCCUGAGGGGCUGAGAGCGAGGAAGCCGCGCUCGGCGGCAGCAGGAGCCCGCGCGGAGCCACCCCCCCCUCCUCGGCCCGGCUCGGCGGCAUGUUCAAGAACACGUUCCAGAGCGGCUUCUUGUCCAUACUCUACAGCAUCGGGAGCAAGCCGCUGCAGAUCUGGGACAAGAAGGUGCGCAAUGGCCACAUCAAGAGAAUCACGGAUAAUGAUAUCCAGUCACUGGUGCUGGAGAUUGAAGGAACCAAUGUCAGUACCACGUAUAUCACGUGUCCCGCUGACCCAAAGAAGACGCUGGGAAUCAAGUUGCCCUUUCUGGUUAUGAUAAUCAAGAACCUGAAAAAAUACUUCACGUUUGAAGUACAGGUUCUGGAUGAUAAAAAUGUGCGCCGGCGAUUCCGUGCCAGCAACUACCAGAGCACGACCCGUGUCAAGCCCUUUAUCUGCACCAUGCCCAUGCGGCUGGACGAUGGCUGGAACCAGAUUCAGUUCAACCUGUCUGACUUCACACGCCGCGCAUACGGCACCAACUAUAUUGAGACCCUGAGAGUCCAGAUCCAUGCAAACUGUCGCAUCCGCAGAAUUUACUUCUCAGACAGGCUGUACUCGGAGGAUGAGCUUCCGGCUGAGUUCAAGUUGUACAUCCCUGUCCAAAACAAGGCCAAGCAAUGA